AUGAUAAAAGCCGAGAGCAAAGGAGAAAGGGCGCUGAGGAGUGCGUCCCCGCAUAGAAAUGCUUACAAGUCGGACUUCCACGCUAUUAAGUGUACUUUUGAUGGGACGAAAUCCGACGGCGCUGCAAAGUUAUAUGCAAAUGGCUCUAUCGACACCCAGGAGGACACGAGGGGGAGGCCUUUUGGCAAUCGGAUAAACAAGAUAAAGAAUAUUUUCCUCCAGAUGGAUGGUCAGCAACAAGAGAUUCAAGAGGUGAAAACCACUUUGAAAGCUGAUGUGUCCCCUGUCUCCCCACCAAAUGAGCCAUUUGCAGUCACCACACACACAACAAGCUUGAGCUGUGCCACUAGCCCAGAAUCUCAAAGUUUAGAUAAAACCCCCAAGGGAGGGGAUGUCGAAGUUGACAAAGCAGCUUUGGCAGAGAAGUUUUCUUCGACCAGGAAACUCUUUGAGAGGACUAUCAAAGAACAACCCGCAGCGGAUAAGUCUCCCAACAGAGUUGUAAGCCGGGUGGCCCUGGGCAGUGUGUCUGAUGGGGGGAAAAGUACCAGGAGAUUGUCAGGGUCCACUGAGACUAGCAACAUCAAAACAGAGCCUGGUCCCACUCCAGUGACGAGAAGCCGGACAGAUGAGAGGAGCGAUACUGAGGAGACAAAACAUGUGUCCAGGUUGUCACUGAAUGCUGGACCCAUGUCCAGGCGGCUAGACAACUUCAUUGUGGACAGUGACAAUGAGAGAAAAGCCACAGAGAUAUUAUCUAAAGUAUGCAGUCUCUCAGAUCGCUCAAUGCCUACAUCUCCGACAAGGGACAGUUUUUACAAAUCCACCAUUCCAACUAAUGAUGCCACUAACAAACCCACCUCUGUAGUUACCAGUGUCAUUCUCAAACCAACUUCCCCAUUCAAUAACACCACUCACAAACCAAUCCCCCCAACAGCCAAUGCCACUCCAAAGGCCAGCUCCCCAGAGCCCAUAUCCCCAGGUGGCCAAAGUGCUUACAAGCGCUCCCCCUCAACCAGUGACUGUUUUGGUAGACCAUCUGUGGGUAGCGAUGGCGUAAAACCCUCCAGUCCACCCCCCAGGGAUCAAAAACAGCCUACCAUGUUUGCCAACAGCUUUUACAGUAGCAACAGGGCCAAAACCUCCGACAGUGCCAAGAGUGAUGGGCAUGUGGCACAUAGUCCCACCAGGGAAAAGCCACCUACCCAGGCUUCAUCUCUGCCUGGCAUGGUCCGGGCUGAGCUCAUAGUGGUACAGAAUGAGUCAUCAGAGAGCGAGGAGAAUGAAGAUGAGAAUAUUGAAGACAACGUUUUUGAGGAACUGAAUGUGCAACCCCCAAAAGAGAUCAAAGUUGAGCUAAAAGAAUCACCACCAAAGGUGAUCAGUCAGAAUGAUGACCACCAUCAGCAGAUCUUAGAGAAUGAUGAGGGCAAGGAGACAGAGAUUACACUGAAGAAGGAAGAUGGAAGUCGAGUUGAGGAGUGGAGGGAAGACACAAGUCCUGUAAAUCAAACUGCGGAUUACGAGGAGGAAAAGGUGGAUGAGGAGGUUGCUGAGGAGGGGCGUGAGCAGGAGGAACAGGGCAGCAGGGGCAAGGUUUCCCCAGUGGCAUAUGGUAUAGAGAACGCAGCAUUUGUGGAUGAUAGGGAUACUGACCAGACCCUCAAGGAGGAGGAAGAGAAGGAAGAGCAGCCCUGUGAUGAGGAGGACAUUGAGGAGGCCCCUGGGCUUUCAGAUGAGGAGGAACCGGGACCACGGAGGAAGAUCAAGUUUUCAACGUCACCAAUACGGGUAAGCACAUUGAGAAGGGGAAAUGUCACAUUGAUAAUCUGAAGUGAAGUUGAUGAUAAUUGCUUUGAUUUUGGGGUCUUAAAGAAUGUAAACCUUACUAUAGGGUUUCUAUUUAUAGUAGCUGGCUAACUUUUGUCUGGCCUAAAAGUUCUGAGAGAGGUCAAUUGUAUAUGUGGUAAUAUACCAGACAAUCUCACAGCUGGUGCCCUUUUGGAUCUAAUUUAUUAACCAAGGAAGUCUGCUUUCGCUCAGGUUGUUGACAUAUUUGUGGAGGGCAUUCUUUGGUGCCUUGACUGACAGAUCACAUACACAAUUAGUAUCUUUGUUACACAUGAUGAUGUUAUGGCUGCUGUAGCACUGUAUCAUCAGGCAAGCCGUGUCAUGGAUGAGAACCCAAACUAUGGGGUGUUUAAGCUUCUGUAAUUACUGAGGCAUUGCCUAAAGCUGAUGUGUCUGAGGGUCACAUCUUUCUCCUGUUAACAAUGUCAAGGAUCUAGGCUAGUAGUAGUGGGACAUAUUUCCGGAUGUUAGUCCGGAAUGCUCCAAGCGGUAUUCUUGGAAACAUUGUUGACAUUACAAAAGGGGUCUGUGUGAGCCCCAGCUGAAUGAGGACAGUCGGGAGGGAUAUGGAGUGACGUGGUGGAACCCUGACUUAACUCUACUCUACUCUACUGUACUCUACUGUACAGUAUAAACAACCUCAUCAUGGCUUGUAGAUGGUUGGUUGGAGGCCUGCUCUUGGAGAAUGAUUAUUUCCAUUCACUGUGAAUCAGCCGUGCAUACUUGUGAACAUUAGGGUUGGGCGGUAUCCAGAUUUUCAUACCGAAGUAUACAGUAUUACCGGAAAGGGCACUAUUCAUUCACUUAUUUUUAUAUAUAUAUAUAUAUAUAUAUAUAUAUAUAUAUAUAUAUAUAUAUAUAUAUAUAUAUAUACAUACAUACAUACAUACAUACAUACAUACAUACAUACAUACAUACAUACAUACAUACAUACAUACAUACAUACAUACAUACAUACAGUGGGGAAAAAAAGUAUUUAGUCAGCCACCAAUUGUGCAUGUUCUCCCACUUAAAAAGAUGAGAGAGGCCUGUAAUUUUCAUCAUAGGUACAGUCAACUAUGACAGACAAAUUGAGAAUUUUUUUUCCAGAAAAUCAUAUUGUAGGAUUUUUAAUGAAUUUAUUUGCAAAUUAUGGUGGAAAAUAAGUAUUUGGUCACCUACAAACAAGCAAGAUUUCUGGCUCUCACAGACCUGUAACUUCUUCUUUAAGAGGCUCCUCUGUCCUCCACUCGUUACCUGUAUUAAUGGCACCUGUUUGAACUUGUUAUCAGUAUAAAAGACACCUGUCCACAACCUCAGUCACACUCCAAACUCCACUAUGGCCAAGACCAAAGAGCUGUCAAAGGACACCAGAAACAAAAUUGUAGACCUGCACCAGGCUGGGAAGACUGAAUCUGCAAUAGGUAAGCAGCUUGGUUUGAAGAAAUCAACUGUGGGAGCAAUUAUUAGGAAAUGGAAGACAUACAAGACCACUGAUAAUCUCCCUCGAUCUGGGGCUCCACGCAAGAUCUCACCCCGUGGGGUCAAAAUGAUCACAAGAACGGUGAGCAACAAUCCCAGAACCACACGGGGGGACCUAGUGAAUGACCUGCAGAGAGCUAGGACCAAAGUAACAAAGCCUACCAUCAGUAACACACUACGCCGCCAGGGACUCAAAUCCUGCAGUGCCAGACGUGUCCCCCUGCUUAAGCCAGUACAUGUCCAGGCCCGUCUGAAGUUUGCUAGAGUGCAUUUGGAUGAUCCAGAAGAGGAUUGGGAGAAUGUCAUAUGGUCAGAUGAAACCAAAAUAGAACUUUUUGGUAAAAACUCAACUUGUCGUGUUUGGAGGACAAAGAAUGCUGAGUUGCAUCCAAAGAACAUCAUACCUACUGUGAAGCAUGAGGGUGGAAACAUCAUGCUUUGGGGCUGGGGCUGUUUUUCUGCAAAGGGACCAGGACGACUGAUCCGUGUAAAAGAAAGAAUGAAUGGGGCCAUGUAUCGUGAGAUUUUGAGUGGAAACCUCCUUCCAUCAGCAAGGGCAUUGAAGAUGAAACGUGGCUGGGUCUUUCAGCAUGACAAUGAUCCCAAACACACCGCCCGGGCAACGAAGGAGUGGCUUCGUAAGAAGCAUUUCAAGGUCCUGGAGUGGCCUAGCCAGUCUCCAGAUCUCAACCCCAUAGAAAAUCUUUGGAGGGAGUUCAAAGUCCGUGUUGCCCAGUGACAGCCCCAAAACAUCACUGCUCUAGAGGAGAUCUGUAUGGAGGAAUGGGCCAAAAUACCAGCAACAGUGUGUGAAAACCUUGUGAAGACCUACAGAAAACGUUUGACCUGUGUCAUUGCCAACAAAGGGUAUAUAACAAAGUAUUGAGAAACUUUUGUUAUUGACCAAAUACUUAUUUUCCACCAUAAUUUGCAAAUAAAUUCAUAAAAAAUCCUACAAUGUCAUUUUCUGGAUUUUUUUUCUUCUCAUUUUGUCUGUCAUAGUUGACGUGUACCUAUGAUGAAAAUGACAGGCCUCUCAUCUUUUUAAGUGGGAGAACUUGCACAAUUGGUGGCUGACUAAAUACUUUUUUUCCCCACUGUGUGUGUGUGUGUGUGUGUGUGUGUGUGUGUGUAUAUAUAUAUAUAUAUAUAUAUAUAUAUAUAUAUAUAUAUAUAUUCUUAUUUUUUAAAUUGCGCACAAAAAAUUUAGGCAAUAGGGAUUUUGAUCCAGGAUGGGAUUGAAUGUCUGCUGUAACCAUGAAGCUUGAUCUUGACAUGUAGCACUUAUUCCAAAUGCCUGUAUUUUUCGUUUUUAUGAGCGUUUGUCUACAUGUUGUCUUUUUGGUCUCGUCUCGUUCGCUCAUUCUGUGCUGUGCACCUUCCCAUUUACACCAGAGAUCUGUAUAUAAUGACGAAAUGCUCAUAUUUCCACCCUUAACAAUAGGAGUCGUUGUCCCAAAGGCGGGAAGGCAGGCGACAAGCUUGGGUUCAAAAUAAGCGCAUAGAAACGCAUCGGGAUUAUUUUGGACAUAUUUUGGCGACAUUGAAACCUCUCGCUUCGCCUCUUUCUCCCAAGCCUUUCCCCUUACCACUCACAACAACAAAGAUGGGAAAUCACUUCUUCCUCUCUGACAAGCGGUUUCAACUCGCUAUUUGCAUUUGAGGUUUGGUCCAACAGAAUCGGUCAUAUGGACACCAGAACACAUGGAGACAUUAUUUUACUGUAAUAGAGGAGAAGUUAACCUUUCAAACAUACCCUUUUUUAAAUGUUUCAACUCCUCAAAUUUCGAGCAGAGCAGACACUACUAAAACGGAUGUACCAAUGAACAUUCAUUGUGGAAAAUAUUUGCAGCAUUGUAGUCAUAUAAAGAUAGUGAUACUAGCUGUUUAGUCUGUGUUUUAUAAAUGUGCAAUAAUCAUAAAACAAUUCUAUGGAAUUAGCAACUCGUUCUCAUUCUGAGAAACAAGGUAGGCCACUUGAUUUCAACAUCUGAACAAAGUGGACAGGCUAGCAUGCUGUUCAAACAGUUAGAGACAGACCGAAGGUUGUGUUCAUAACAAUUAAACUAUUUUUCCUUGUUAGCUGAAUUCAGAUCCAAGUUGGCUAAACUUGAAAUAUAAAUAUUAGCUGGCUACUGACUAGCACGUGGGCUUGUUUUUGAGACAGGUGUUAAUUUUCUGUAAUGCCUGCUACAAUAUUAGUGAAUGUGCAUUAUGCAUGGUUCCGGCUUAUUAUUAUUUUUACAAAGGGCAUUUUUAUAGACAGACCUGAAUGCCAGAUCAGUGAUUAUUGCAACAACAACAAAAAGCAGGUACAACUAUUUUGAUAAAAUAAUUACAAUAUCAGUGGGUCUUAUUUACAUUUUAGUCAUUUAGCAGACGCUCUUAUCCAGAGCGACUUACAGUUAGUGAGUUUAUUAAUUAUUUUUUUUCAUACUGGCCCCCCGUGGGAAUGGAACCCACAACCCUGGCGUUGCAAGCGCCAUGCUCUACCAACUGAGCUACAUGGGGCCCUAUGGUCUUAUGGUUGUUGAAGGCAUACAUUCAGCCUAUGUAUAAUUUCACAAGCUCUGAAUAUAUUAGAUUAUUGCUGACUGUUUUAAAUGCAGUGUAUUUGACCUUUAAUUGUACAAUGAAGCUUAUGUGUAUAUUUUUAUUUAUUUUAUUUUGUUUUACCUUUAUUUAACUAGGCAAGUCAGUUAAGAACAAAUUGUUAUUUACCAUGACGGCCUACACCGGCCAAACCCGGACGACGCUGGGCCAAUUGUGCGCCGCUCUAUGGGACUCCCAAUCACGGCCGGUUGUGAUACAGCCUGGAAUCGAACCAGGGGGUCUGUACCAGUCAAAAGUUUGGAAACACCUACUCAUUCCAGGGUUUUUCUUUAUUUUUACUAUUUUCGACGUUGUAGAAUAAUAGUGAAGACAUCAAAACUAUGAAAUAACACAUACGGAAUCAUGUAGUAACCAAAUAAAUGUUAAACAAAUCUAAAUAUAUUUUAUAUUUGAGGUUCUUUAAAUAGCCACCCUUUGCCUUGAUGACCCGAGUGGCGCAGUGGUCUAAGGCUGUGCCACUAGAGAUCCUGGUUCGAAUCCAGGCUCUGUCGUAGCCGGCCACGACCGGGAGACCCAUGGGGCGGCGCACAAUUGGCCCAGCGUCGUCCAGGGUAGGGGAGGGAAUGGCCGGCAGGGAUGUAGCUCAGUUGGUAGAGCAUGGCGUUUGCAACGCCAGGGUUGUGGGUUCGAUUCCCACGGGGGGCCAGGAUGAAAAAAAAGAAUGUAUGCACUCACUAACUGUAAAUCGCUCUGGAUAAGAGCGUCUGCUAAAUGACUAAAAUGUAAAAAAUCUAUCGUGAAUCGCCCAUAACUUUGAAAAAAUAGAGAUAUGAGUUUUAGGCCAAAUCGCCCAGCCUUUUGUGAACGGCAUCAACAUGAAGUGGGCUGGGCUGGGAGGUGUUGGGUGAUAUCUCCCAUCGCCACAUCUAAUCAACAUUUUGGCAGAUCAGGGGAAAACAAAUCACUUCAGGGCAUUCCACAGCCUGUGUGAACUGGUCAAUGUUUAUCCAGGGCCUCAAAUGUGUGUUGUUAUCUCAGGGUGUGGAUGCCCCCAAUUGGCCUGCCAGGUGGUCCUAGAGAGUGGGUCCUGAUGGGGUCCUGGGAGAGGGGGCCAGUAGCUGACCUGGAGGACGACACAAAUAACAGUGUGCUGCAUCUCUCCUAGGGAUGACAUAGCAGAGAUUAGCCUAGCUUUGCACUUCACACCAAUGUGUUACAGGAACAGUUCACAUAUUGAUAGAGCUCAGUAAUGGUGUGAGUGAAGUGAAAUACACAAACGUGUUCGGAAAUUCAAGCCAUUGCAAACUCCAUUAUCAAACACUGUUUCAGUGAAGAAUGCAUUACUCAUAAACUCCUGUGAUAACGAUGAAUCAAUUUAUGAUCACCAGUCUUUUUGUCCAGAUAACACUAAGAUUAGAGGGCGUCUCCUUGUUUGGACUAGGUCCUAAGUGUGAUGUGACAUCUGUUGGUUGACUGUAUUCUUCCUCUGGUUGUGAAAUGGUGGAUUCUUAGUUUGGUCUUGCCCUGGCAUGUGCUGCUCAUCAUUCUUCCCUCCUUGUUUCUCACUUCUAACAGGCGGGAGGUAGAUAGCAUUUCAAAAUCAAAUCAAAUUGUAUUGGUCACAUACACAUAUUUCGCAGAUGUUAUUGCGGGUGUAGCGAAAUGCAUUUCUGGGACAAAGUAUUUACUAGUUAUAAAUAAAUAAAUGAAUAUUUUCGCAAGCUUUUUCGCAUCCUUCAUUUUUUCUUCUAUACUCAUCAGGGUGCCAUCUGAAAAAUGGUGGGUGUCCUAUUUGAGAUGAGUCAUGAUUUAACUGCUUCCAGACAGCUUGAAGUGGGCACUGCGCUUUAGGUCUUCCUCAAGCAUGCACUUCCUGAAAACACUCCGCCCUGGAGUAUAUCUUAACAACACAAGAAUGAGACGUGUCUCCUGCUAUGUGUUGACUCGAAAGUGGAAUGCUUCCUCUGGUCUUUCCUUUAAAUGUCAACGAUUAUAUUGCAAGCAGGAAUGGCUUCUGUUACAAUACUUAUCAAUUUGUUUCCAUAAGUGCAGCCUUACUAGCCUAGAGAGUCAAGUUAUGUAAGCUGUGUUCUUUCCCUCUCAAACAGGCCUCUCAGGAGAAAAGACACUCCUUUUGCAAUAGGGGUAAUUUCUGGGACAGGUUGGCUCUUGCUGUUGGUGUUUGAAUAUCAGUUGAAAAGGGGAGUGACUGUCUACUCACAACUGUUGUCUGGAAAGCAGAAAGAUUUGCAAUUGACAGUUUGGUCUUUAUCUUCAACUGAAGCAUCUUUCCAAGGCAUUUUCAACACAAGUCUGUCCUCACGGCACAAUACAAAUGACAUUCUAGUUUACAUCACUAGUAGUGCUUGACUAGAGUAUUCAGUCAACAAUGCCUCAGACAGUGUGCUGGUUUGAGCUGGCCCUGCCUGGCAUAGCGGGCCGCUCUGGAGCCCUGGCCUGCUCUCAGAGGAGAGUUGAAGUGCUUUGUGCUCCAGCCUGCAGCAGGAUUUAGGUCUUUGUGUGCAACCUGAGCCUGUACAGGGGACCUGUCGUCUGAGGAAGAAAGGUCCUCUUUGUCAAGCUGCUGCAGGAGACUUCCAUUCUGAACAUGUCCCUUGACCGAGGCUCAAAAGACAGUUUGCAGUUGCACAUAUGGAGAGUUACUGUUUGUUUCUCAAAUGAAUGGAUUGUAAAUUAGUUGAGACUGAUUUUCAGACACCUGUACUCCUAUACCAUUAGCUGCGUACUUAAUCUGCUUGUUCUGCUUGAUGCAUCUUUAAAAAUAAAGGUUGUGCUUUACUUAAGGAAUCUCAACUUAAAUUGAUGCUUUGUACUCAUCAGAAUACUGCAUUCCCAUAGCAGCUGUGUCGGUAGUAGUCUGUUGCUAAAGGAGUCCCAUAACCUACUGAUGAUAAAUAUUCAACAUAAACACAUACCGUAGUCUUUUCCACAUAUGUUUUAUCUUCGAGACAUCUCUUGCACAAUCUAUCGUUUAUGUUAUAUUGCGUUGCUUUUAUUGUUACUUCAAAGUAGGGCUGGGCAAUAUAUCGAAUUCAUUUGAAUGUAUGUUUUAUGCGAUGUGCCAAAUGCCUGUAUCGCAAUAAUCAUAAACAUUCUGAUCUGUUGCAUCAGACGAAUUGCUUUUUAAGGUUAAUUUUGUUUUGUAAUUUUUUUUAUGUAGCCAAGCCUACUGGUUUUAUGAAUUUGGGAUCUAUCGUCUGACAACUGUCCCAGAGUCUGUUUGGAAUAGGCUAUUUCUUUAUCGACAAGCUGACCAAUAGAAUAGGUAAACUUUUCUACUAUGGGCGAUAGUAGGUUGACAUAGGCUAGUGAUUUUGCUGUUUGUUACUCGUCUUGUUGGCUGAGAAAAAUACAGUUAUUCUAACAUCUUCAAAGUGCACAUCAGAAUUCAGUAAGAAGGACCACACAUCGUUCAUCCUCGACUUGCAUGUUUAGUUUAUAUGAAUUACCAUAAUCUAAAUGUGAUUUCUGUCAUUCUGAGCACUGUGUGUUGACGCCCUAAUCAGGUUAUGCACCCAAUGCAUAUGGGUACGGUCAAUUUCUCAAAUGUCCGGUAAAUUAAAAUGCUGCUGGUCAAAUUUCCGGCCCAACAUUUUCCUAAUUGAAACCCUGUCAUAGACAGACUUGAAAGCCAAAUCAGUGAUUAUUGCAAAAAAAGCAUGUUAAACUAAUUUGAUCAAAUAAUUAAAUUAUUGGUUGGUCUUAUGGUUUUGGAAGGCUUUUAUUUAGCCCUGAAUUAAUUUGAUUAUACUUGUCUGUUUGAAAUGCAGUGUAUUGACCUUUUAAUUGUGCAACAAAACUUAUUUAGAUAUCUUGAAUCGCCUAUAAAUAUGAAAAAAUCUAUAUAUUAUUUUUAGGACCUACCGCCCAGCCUUACUUCAAAGAGCUUUUGAAACAUGAAAUUGUGUCGUAGGCAGAGGUAAGGAAAGGGUUAAACCCUCUUCUCUCUGUACAGUUGGAAUUGUGUUUUCUAGGUGUGGCCUAAUUUGAAGAAAAUGAUGGAGUGGUGUGACACACACAGCUAUGUUGAAACUGUGAACCACAGGUCUAACAAACAGCACACCCGGCAAUCUGUAUCUGCUGAAAUUCACAUUCACCUUGACACCAAUGCUAUGACCACAUGUUGUAGAAUUAUAGUAGAGAGCGGUGUAACUCCCCUCUUCCAGGUGUGUUAUUAUCCUGUUGUAGAUACUGUGUGCAGUACAGAGGUAAGUACACUGUAGUUUGUCCAGUUAAUUCACUGUCCAGAGGGGCUGACUGAACUAUUGUUCUGUGCUGCUCAUCGCUGUUGGAGUCCGGUAGACAUUUGGAGUUGAGAAUGAGUUAAUCAUCAGAGAAAAGAAAAUGGCAGCAGGAACCUAAUUGACAUUGUGGAAGCCUGCACAGAAUAAAAAACUUCCAAAACAUGCAUCCUGUUUGCAACAAGGCACUAAAGUAAUACUCCAAAUGUGGCAAAAGCAAUGACAUUUUUGUCCUGAAUACAAAGUGCUAUGUUUGGGGCAAAUCCAAUACAACACAUUACUGAAUAUCACUCUCCAUAUUUUCAAGCAAAGUGGUGGCUGCAUCAUGUUAUGGGUAUGCUUGUAAUUGUUAAGGACUGGGGAGUUUUUCAGAAUUUAAAAAAGUAAUGGAAUGGAGCUAAGCAUAGGCAAAAUCCUAGAGGAAAACCUGCUUCAGUCUGCUUUCCACCAGACACUGGGAGAUGAAUUCACCUUUCAGCAGGACAAUAAUCUAAAACACAAGGCCAAAUCUACACUGGAGUUGCUCACCAAGAAGACAGUGAAUGUUCCUGAGGGGCCGAGUUAGAUUUUCAAGUAGAUUUAAGUCAAAACUAUGGCAAGACCUGGAAAUGGUUGUCUAGCAAUGAUCAACAACCAAUUUGACAGAGCUUGAAGAAUUUUGAAAAUAAUAAUGGACAAAUGUUGCCCAAUCCAGGUGUGGAAAGCUCUUAGAGACUUACCCAGAAAGACUCACAGCUGUAAUCGCUGCCAAUGGUGCUUCUACAAAGUAUUCACUCAGGGGUGUGAAUACUUAUGUAAAUGAGAUAUUUCUGUAUUUCAUUUUCAAUACAUUUGCUAAAAUAUCAAAAAACAUGUUUUCACUUUGCCAUUAUGGGGUACAGUGGCUUGUGAAAGUAUUCACCCCCUUGGCAUUUUUCCUAUUUUGUUGCCUUACAACCUGGAAUUAAAAUUGAUUUUUUUGAGGGGGUUUGUAUCAUUUGAUUUACACAACAUGCCUACCACUUUGAAGAUGCAAACUAUUUUUCAUUGUGAAACAAACAAGAAGUAAGACAAAAAAAUUGAAAACUUGAGUGUGCAUAACUAUUCACCCCCCAAAGUCAAUACUUUGUAGAGCCACCUUUUGCAGCAAUUAAAGCUGCAUGGAUGGUGUUCUCGGGGUGAUGAGAGGUGUUGGGUGUGCGCCAGACAUAGCGUUUUCCUUGAUGGCCAAAAAGCUCAAUUUUAGUCUCAUCUGACCAGAGUACCUUCUUUCAUAUGUUUGGGGAGACUCCCACAUGCCUUUUGGCGAACAUCAAAUGUGUUUGCUUCUUUUUUUCUUUAAGCAAUGGCUUUUUUCUGCCCACUCUUCCGUAAAGCCCAGCUCUGUGGAGUGUACGGCUUAAAGUGGUCCUAUGGACAGAUACUCCAAUAUCCACAGUGGAGCUUUGCAGCUCCUUCAGGGUUAUCUUUGGUGUCUUUAAUGCCUCUCUGAUUAAUGCCCUCCUUGCCUGGUCCGUGAGUUUUGGUGGGCGGCCCUCUCUUGGCAGGUUUGUUGUGGUGCCAUAUUCUUUCCAUUUUUUAAAAUAAUGGAUUUAAAGGUGCUCCGUGGGAUGUUCAAAGUUUCAGAUAUUUUUUUAUAACCCAACCCUGUUUGGAGAGCUCCUUGGUCUUCAUGGUGCCGCUUGCUUUCAAAUCAAAUCAAAUCAAAUUUUAUUGGUCACAUGCGCCGAAUACAACAGGUGCAGACAUUACAGUGAAAUGCUUACUUACAGCCCUUAACCAACAGUUCAUUUAUUUUAAACAAAAAAAGUAAAAAUAAAACAACAACAAAAAAAAGUGUUGAGAAAAAAAAAAGAGCAGAAGUAAAAUAAAGUGACAGUAGGGAGGCUAUAUAUACAGGGGGGUACCGUUGCAGAGUCAAUGUGCGGGGGCACCGGCUAGUUGAGGUAGUUGAGGUAAUAUGUACAUGUGGGUAGAGUUAAAGUGACUAUGCAUAAAUACUUAACAGAGUAGCAGCAGCGUAAAAAGGAUGGGGUCGGGGGGCAGUGCAAAUAGUCCGGGUAGCCAUGAUUAGCUGUUCAGGAGUCUUAUGGCUUGGGGGUAGAAGCUGUUGAGAAGUCUUUUGGACCUAGACUUGGCACUCCGGUACCGCUUGCCGUGCGGUAGCAGAGAGAACAGUCUAUGACUAGGGUGGCUGGAGUCUUUGACAAUUUUGAGGGCCUUCCUCUGACACCGCCUGGUAUAGAGGUCCUGGAUGGCAGGAAGCUUUGCCCCAGUGAUGUACUGGGCCGUACGCACUACCCUCUGUAGUGCCUUGCGGUCGGAGGCCAAGCAGUUGCCAUACCAGGCGGUGAUGCAACCAGUCAGGAUGCUCCCGAUGGUGCAGCUGUAGAAUUUUUUGAGGAUCUGAGGACCCAUGCCAAAUCUUUUUAGUCUCCUGAGGGGGAAUAGGCUUUGUCGUGCCCUCUUCACGACUGUCUUGGUGUGUUUGGACCAUGAUAGUUCGUUGGUGAUGUGGACACCAAGGAACUUAAAGCUCUCAACCUGUUCCACUACAGCCCCGUCGAUGAGAAUGGGGGCGUGCUCAGUCCUCUUUUUUUUCCUGUAGUCCACAAUCAUCUCCUUUGUCUUGGUCACGUUGAGGGAGAGGUUGUUGUCCUGGCACCACACGGCCAGAUCUCUGACCUCCUCCCUAUAGGCUGUCUCAUCGUUGUCGGUGAUCAGGCCUACCACUGUUGUGUCGUCGGCAAACUUAAUGAUGGUGUUGGAGUCGUGCCUGGCCAUGCAGUCAUGGGUGAACAGAGAGUACAGGAGGGGACUGAGCACGCACCCCUGAGGGGCCCCCGUGUUGAGGAUCAGUGUGGCAGAUGUGUUGUUACCUACCUACCUGUUGUUGCUUGGUGGUGCCCCUUGCUUAGUGGUGUUGCAGACUCUGGGGCCUUUCAGAACAGGUGUGUGUAUAUAUACUGAGAUCAUGUGACAGAUCAUGUGACCCUUAGAUUGCACACAGGUGGACUUUAUUUAGCUAAUUAUGUGACUUCUGAAGGUAAUUGGUUGCACCAGAUCUUAUUUAGCGGCUUCAUAGCAAAGGGGGUGAAUACAUAUGCACGCACCACUUUUCCGUUAUCUAUUUUCUAUAAUUUGUUUAACAAGUAAUUUUUUUCAUUACACUUCACCAAUUUGGACUAUUUUGUGUAUGUCCAUUACAUGAAAUCCAAAUAAAAAUCAAUUUAAAUGACAGGUUGUAAUGCAACAAAAUAGGAAAGACGCCAAGGGGAGGAAUACUUUUGCAAGGCACUGUAUUGUGUGUAGAUGGUGAGAAAAAAACAUCAAUUUCAUCCAUUUUGAAUUCAGGCUGUAACACGAUGUGGAACAAGUCAAGGGUUAUGAAUACUUUCUGAAGGCCCUGUGUCAACAUUUAGGAUGACUAUGUUUGAUGUACAGUUACAAGAUGACAUGGCGUCACACCCUGGGUUGUUCUGAACAGAAUGAACCUAUGUUUGUCUAUUAUGAAGACGAUUCGCAGCAGAACAUGCACCUGAAUGCACUCUUGACUACUUUCUAUGCACAACAUUUCGAUCUGUUUCUCUGAUUUGCCCUGUGAAAGCCUAACACUGUAAGAUCGAAUUUUAUAACUUAGCUAGUCAUGUUGGCAAUAGAACAAAUUAUGCCCACCUGACCCAGAUUGCGAAUUAUAAUGGGAUGUUUUUGGAUUGCGUAAACAACAACAGUAAUUGUGUGAUGGCAGGGAUGCAGGGCUGUGUUCCAAACAAAACUACAAGUGUGCUUGCUGUAGUUCCUCAACAGCUAGGAGAGCUCAAAAAAGUACCUUGUGGUUGAGGAUUCUUCUUUAAGUCAUAAAAGUGCAUUGAAAUGACUUAGGAACUGUGCACACUUUGGAUAGGUGUGUAGCCACUUGGAUACUACAGUUAGACCUCUCACUCAAACCCUUUACAUUUAUUUUGUCUUAUGUUGCACCUACCCCACAUUUUCCAGGAAUAUUCUUAUGAUUUUACUCUGUAUCCAGUGUAUAUUCAGAUUUCGUUAUCAACAAAUGUGAAAAGUACAGUAAAUGAAAAUUCUCAAAUCAACAGAUUAUGGUUUGGAUUCAGUCUUGUGUCAGGUGAGCUGUUUUGUUCUCAACUUUGGUCUAAUCAUUUUCCCAUAAUUUCCAAACUGUUGCCUUUCAGUUGCUACCAUUCUUUUCAUAUUCAUUCUGUAAGAAACAUUUAAAUGUAGCCCUAUCCAUAUAGGCCAAUUCCCACACGUGUAAAGGAUUAAAAUAGAUAAAUAAUGGUAAAACAUACACUACCGGUCAAAAGUUUUAGAACACCUACUCAUUCAAGGGUUUUUCUUUAUUGUUACUAUUUUCUACAUUGUAGAAUAGUAGUAAAGACAUAAACUAUGAAAUAACACAUAUGGAAUCAUGUAGUAGCCAGAAAAGUGUUAAACAAAUCAAAAUAUAUUUGAGAUUCUUCAAAUAGCCACCCUUUGCCGUGAUGACAGCUUUGCAGACUCUUGGCAUUCUCUCAACCAGCUUCAUGAGGUAGUCACCUGGAAUGCAUUUGAAUUAACUGGUGUGCCUUCUUAAAAGUUAAUUUGUGGAAUUUCUUUCCUCCUUAAUGCGUUUGAGCCAAUCAGUUGUGUUGGGACAAGGUAGGGGGGGUAUACAGAAAAUAGCCCUAUUUGGUAAAAGAGCAAGUCCAUUUUAUGGCAAGAACAGCUCAAAUAAGCAAAGAGAAACAACAGUCCAUCAUUACUUUAAGACAUGAAGGUCAAUACGGAAAAUGUCAAGAACUUUGAACGUUUCUUCAAGUGCAGUUGCAAAAACCAUCAAGCGCUAUGAUGAAACUGUCUCUCUCAUGAGGACCGCCACAGGAAUGGAAGACCCAGAGUUACCUCUGCUGCAGAGGAUAGGUUCAUUAGAGUUACCAGCCUCAGAAAUUGCAGCCCAAAUAAAUGCUUCACAUAGUUCAAGUAACAGACACAUCUCAACAUCACCUGUUCAGAGGAGACUGUGUGAAUCAGGCCAUGGUCGAAUUGCUGCAAAGAAACCACUUCUAAAGGACACCAAUAAGUAGAAGAGACUUGCUUGGGCCAAUAAACACGAGCAAUGGACAUUAGACCAGUGGAAAGUUGUCCUUUUGAUCUGGAGUCCAAAUUGGAGAUUUUUGGUUCCAACCGCUGUGUCUUUGUGAGACGCGGUGUUGUUGAACGGAUGAUCUCCCGAGUGGCGCAGUGGUCUAAGGCACUGCAUCUCAGUGCUUGAGGCGUCACUACAAACCCCCUGGUUCGAUUCCAGGCUGUAUCACAACCGGCCGUGAUUGGGAGUCCUAUAGGGCGGGUCCGGGUGACUGGAAGUCUAUGGGAACAGCUAGCAUAUGUCCAGUCAUUGCGCUAACGCUAGUUAGCAGUGGCUCGCAAAACUACCUUCAACUUCCUUCAUUCAAACUGCACGCAGAGACAAAAAUUGUAUCCAUGAGUUCAUCUGGGUAAGUAUAAAAAGGGCUUAAUUGCCAAAAUAUCGCACUAUCCCUUUUAAGAUCAGAUUGACAAGUUACAAUGUAUAUUUGUUGCAAACAGAAGGAGCAGUGGCGCUAAUGAGAGGCACAAGCGCACAGCCCCUGCUUGCUCCUCAUCUCUCUACAGUGCAGUGGGGCGAAUCAGUUAUAUUUCAGAUGGUGUCAACAUAAUUACAUUUUUAUGCAUUUUUAAGUAGAAUGUCUUUUUAAAAAGUCACCAGAAGUGACUUUCUCACAGUUGUUCUACAAAACAAUUAUCCUGUUGAGGCAUGCCCUUUGUUCACAGCAGUGGGUUCUGCCUCUCCUCUCCUUCCUGCUCAAUUUCCUGUGUGUGAAUCCUGGAAAGUGGAGAGGGAGUGAGCGUAGAUACCGUUCGGCGGCACUACUCUAGUCAUGGACACUCCAGGAGGGGCUACUCCUAUACAUCCCCUCCACAAAAUGUUAUACUUUCAUUUCCUGUCUCUGUUUCAUUCUAUUGGUGGCCAGAGGAAUGUGUCUGACACACUCCACCAAUGUUCCCUUGAAGCUGUGCAUGCAGUAGCCCUGAGACUGCCGCGCAGAAGAAAUAUCAGCCCACGGAGAGAAGAACGAGAUUGAACUUCACUCAACUUUGUAGAGUUUUCCCUGUUAACACUAUCAACCUUUCCCUUUACUGUGGCAAUUGUGAUCGAAUCAACGCAAUAUUAGUCACUUUCAAUAUGACAUACCGAAACAAAACAAAUUAUGCAAGAGAGUUUGUUGUAGGCAGAAUGAAUCGGAGUAGGAUUCUAUUGGGCAUGACUCAGCCUGUACUCUACACAGACCCGUGCGCCAUAACCAAUCAGAGCUGCAGUAGGCCUAUAUGCAAAUCUACCAUUGCCAUAUAUGGAUCUGUGCCAUUUACUUUGAAUUGGACUAUGUUUACAGCUGUGGUCGUGAGUAGAUGCGCUUGUUUUGAGAUCAAAGCAAGAGCUGGAUGUAGCCAUGUGUGGACAUUUUGUUCAUAUCCUUUGCUAGUUAGUGAGUUAGUAGCGUAAAGUGGUUUCUUGCAUCAAACAACACAAAAACUUUUCCAGUCACCACCUUGUCUGAAGGACAAGUGGAUAAACGGGUUAAUGUCAAGCCCUGCAUGUUUUUUUCAAAACUCUCAUGGAAUGUAGGCCUACGUUAAACACCACACAUUGGCUGCUACUUUAGGCUGAAUGAUAGAACAGCUAUUUCCAUGUUAACAUGUUAUGGGAUGCAUUUUCUCCAAUGUUUUUGAUGGUCGGCCACUCUGGUAGGCCUACAUUAUGAUCAAGUAGCCUACUUGGCCACUGUUAAAACUGUAACUUAAAGCAGGUAAAGCCUCAGUGUUCACAGUAAACGCACGCUGGAAGUUGCACAGAAUUUUCACAACGUUCACAGCAGACCUGAAAUUUGCUCAGUGCCUAAUGUUUUUGAGGGAACAUUGCACUCCACCCUUACCCAGCCAGCAGAGAAGCCAGAGAGGAGAGGUGAGGAGAGGGAGGACCUGCCUGCCAGGAUCUGGGCUCUGUCCAGACACCUGGACUAGUAUUGGGCUGGAGACUGGAGUGAUGGGCCUGAAUACUAAUAAAGCUGCCUCAAUGCUGCCUUUUCGCUCUUUGGCACAGGGAGAGUCCGACUAGUCUGGGGCUGAUUGUGAUUGCCUCAUACUGUGUUUCAUUAUGUGAUUAAAAGUAAGUACAUCAAUAACUGUUGUUUUCACUUAGCUGGUUGACAGAAGACUAAGUGGUAUCUGAGGGUUUUUAUCAGCUGUCAUAGCAGGGCACGAGAGGUGCCUGUUAAUCUGAGUCUGUGGGCCAUUUGUAAGCAAACCUGUUCAACCUGUCUCUACUCCACGCUCCUUUGAAUAUGAUUCCAAAAUAGAACCCAGCCGCAUUCUAUCCCUCUGACUCCAUAUCACCAAACACAGGGUUGGGGUAUGGCCUCUUUCUCACAAUUAAACAGUCAGUCACUAUAAGUGCUUUUCCAGAGUGAUUAAUUCAUUGUUUAUUUCUUCAAAGGUAGAGUUGAAAAGGAGGCCUAUUUGACUGAUUUAUUUGUUAUUGAACCAGUGUACACUAACGGUCAAAGGUUUUAGAACACCUACUCAUUCAAGGGUUUUUCUUUAUUUUUACUAUUUUCUACAUUGUAGAAUAAUAGUGAAGACAUCAAAACUAUGAAAGAACACAUGGAAUCAUGUAGUAACCAAAAAAGUGUUGAACAAAUCAAAAUAUAUUUUAUAUUUGAGAUUCUUCAAAUAGCCACCCUUUGCCUUGAUGACAGUUUUGCACACUGUUGGCAUUCUCUCAACCAGCUUCACCUGGAAUGCUUUUCCAACAGUCUUUGAAGGAGUUCCCACAUAUGCUGAGCACUUGUUGGCUGCUUUUCCUUCACUCCGCGGUCCGAUUCAUCCAAAACCAUCUCAAUUGGGUUGAGGUCGGGGGGAUUGUGGAGGCCAGGUCAUCUGAUGCAGCACUCCAUCACUCUCCUUAUUGGUAAAAUAGCCCUUACACAGCCUGGAGGUGUGUUGGGUCAUUGUCCUGUUGAAAAACAAAUGAUAGUCCCACUAAGCCCAAACCAGAUGGGAUGGUGUAUCGCUGCAGAAUGCAGUGGUAGCCAUGCUGGUUAAGUGUUCCUUGAAUUCUUAAUAAAUCACAGUGUCACCAGCAAUGCACCCCCACACCAUAACACAUCCUCUUCCAUGCUUUACGGUGGGAAAUACACAUGCAGAGAUCAUCUGUUCACUCACACUGCGUCACAAAGACACAGCGGUUGGAACCAAAAAUCUCAAAUUUGGACUCCAGACCAAAGGACAAAGUUCCACCGGUCUAAUGUCCAAUGCUCGUGUUUCUUGGCCCAAACAAGUCUCUUCUUCUUAUUGGUGUCCUUUAGUAGUGGUUUCUUUGCAGCAUUUCGACCAUGAAGGCCUGAUUCACGCAGUCUCCUCUGAACAGGUGAUGAUGAGAUGUGUCUGUUACUUGAACUCUGUGAAGCAUUUAUUUGGGCUGCAAUAUCUGAGGCUGGUAACUCUAAUGAACUUAUCCUCUGCAGCAGAGGUAGCUCUGGGUCUUCCAUUCCUGUGGCGGUCCUCAUGAGAGCCAGUUUCAUCAUAGCGCUUGAUGGUUUUUGCGACUGCACUUGAAGAAACUUUAAAAGUUCUUGAAAUGUUCCGUAUUGACUGACCUUCAUGUCUUAAAGUAAUGAUGGACUGUCGUUUCUCUUUGCUUAUUUGAGCUGUUCUUGCCAUAAUAUGGACUUGGUAUUUUACCAAAUAGGGCUAUCUUCAGGAUACCCCCCCACCCCCUACCUUGUAAUAACACAACUGAUUGGCUCAAAUGCAUUAAGAAGGAAAGAAAUUCCACAAAGUAACUUUUAAGAAGGCACACCUAUUAAUUGAAAUGCUUUCCAGGUGACUACCUCAUGAAGCUGGUUGAGAGAAUGCCAAGUGUGUGCAAAGCUGUCAUCAAGGCAAAGGGUGGCUAUUUGAAGAAUCUCAAAUAUAAAAUAUAUUUUGAUUUGUUUAACACUUUUUUGGUUACUACAUGAUUCCAUAUGUGUUAUUUCAUAGUUUUGAUGUAGUUACAAUGUAGAAAAUAGUACAAAAUAAAGAAAAACCCUUGAGUAGGUGUUUUAAACUUUUGACCGGUAGUGUAUAUUUUUUAUCUGGUCCUAUCUUUUUGUAGAGCAUGCUAGCAGGAAGUAUUGGACCUAUUCUGUGCUCUGUUUAUUCAGGACUGAAUAACUUGGCGGCAUACUUUCUUUCCUAAUUACUGUAUGAUCUGCACCAGGCCCCUGCCCUGCUCCCACAGCAUGUUUUCAUUUGUUGUCUUUGUAGAGCUGCUUACAUUAUGUGCUCGUCCCAAUCCAGCACUCAGCGCUCGCUUUUAGUGCCCUGGUGCAGCGUGGGCUUCUCUGGUUAGCUUCCCUCCCAGCUGCUGACUCAUUUCCCACAGUGGUAUUUUUUGGGGGGGAAGGGGUAAUGGGAGAGGGGGAAAGUAUGUGUGUGUGUGUGUACAGCAGGCAGUCAUCCCUCUGUGGUGGUUGAAGGUGGAUGAAGCGUAAUUGUCAAGACAGGCGUGCGUGGAGACAGGCUUUCACAAGCCAUGGAGAAACAGAAAAUAUGAAGCAGAUGGCACUACGGUUUACCAAGCCACAUCACAGCUUCUGCCACCCCAUUCAAGAUUUAGGGGCACAAAAUUACCAACAAUAAAAUGCUACAUUAAUUGCCAAGCUUUCAGCUCAGUAGUCAAAGAGAAUACUAUGCGCUUGAUGGAUUUUUGAUCUGAAUCUGCUUGUCCUAGUCAGCGUAGGGCAGGCUUAAUGAUGUUCACUGAAAGUUUGGCCUCCAGAAUUGAACCAAUUGCGACCCUUACCUGGCCAACCAACAGGCCUGCACACAGAGAUAAAGGUAAAUGGUUGUUUCGCAUGGUAACUGGAGAUUGGUGAUAACAACAGCAAGCUGUGUUUUUUUCUGGGUUAAUAAAGACAUUGAUUCCAGAGUCUCUUUCUUCUGUGGAAGACAGUGCUUGAGUGAUUAGGUUUCAGGGGCAGAGAAAGGAACAUUGUUCCGAAUAGCUGGAGUAUUCCAUGGCAACAGGAAAGUCGAACAAAAGAAGUGAGAGGGGAGAAGCCAAGCAAAACCACUGCAGUCCAACUGAGGCCUGGGAUGCAUCAGUGUGUUCCCGCCGUUCUACAAUUACAUUUUCUAUAACGUUUUCUCCAGUUAAUUACUGUACACCCCCAAAACCAAGCCUUUUUUCAUCCUUAAUGACAUUUCUGUCUGCUUUGGUUUUAUUGAUUCGUUUGGAUUUUAAUUGGCUAUUAAAUCCCAAACCAAUCUGAUUUCAUUGUUCACACAGACUUUUUCUAGAGCACACUGUUCUCAACCUUAGUAAAUGUGUGUGUCACAUAAUCCAAAGACUGAUGUACUUGGACUAAACUAUUUUCAUUUGAAAUGCCAGAGAGCAUUUUAACUGUACAUCCUGUAUUAAUUGGCAAAUCCACUCAUCUCAAUACCACGUGAGAUGGCAUUGCCUGUGUCCAAGCUUAAGCAUUGUCUGUCCAGCUAGGAGAAUAAAGCCUAAGCAUGGGAUGCAGGCAGGGGAUAUAGUGUUCAGCUAUGAGUAGAUUAUACCCACGGACAUGGUCAAAAUCUAGAUCUACCUCUAGUAAAAUGAUGAAAAUGCCAUUCUUCCCUUCACCACAAAAUUGCAGUAGUGUGUGCAAACCCUUUGGAUUCUAAUCUGUUUAUAUGGGAAUGUGCUUGUGAGAACCCAUAGCGGUCUACACAGAGACGGACGGUCGGUCGUCUCCUACUCCCACUGAGCGCCUGCCAGGUUCCUCAAGUCCUGACAUGCUCCAGCACCCAGACCUCAGACUGGGCUUCUCGGAGUGGAAAUGUUUACUGGAUUGCAUCAUGCAGCCUUCUCACUAUUACUCCAUCCAAGCUUCCAAAUGAAUCCAGUUCUAAUCUCUAAUCAUAUAGCCUUGCUCAGUCACUCUCUGCCUACCUUGGCAGAAGGCAACCUCUCUCUGUCUCUGAGGGUGGCUUGCGUUAAUCUCCUGGACCAUACAUCCUUACCAGUCGCAACAUCUGGGGAGCACUUGGAGAUCACAACGGCCAUGAACCGCCAUGAAGGGAGAGGAUUAGUCUCUCCCAGUUAGACAUCUAAGGUCUAAACCAUGGGGAGUGUUUGUUUUGUUGUUGUUUUUUUGGGGGGGGGCACGUUUACCCCCUUAGUUUGGUUCGUUUGGACUGGUGUGAACACUAUCCGCACCCGGGUGUGCACCAAACAACGCACUGUGGUUCGCUCAAAAAGGGUGGUCUCGGUUUCCAUUCUUACCGUGGGUGCGGUUCGCUACAGGUGUGAACGCAGUCCGGACCAAACUCGGGAAAAGAACCAGAGACGCAUAGUAUUAUUGGUUGUUUGACUGUGAGCUUUUGAGAAAAUGCACGCAUUAUCAUAACUUGAUAUCUUUGAAAAAUGUUGUGAGUAGCAGCGCUUUUAUGAGCACAUCCUAUGCAGAUUUAGGGGGACGGGGGCUAUACAGGGGAUACAGUGGGGGGAAAAAGUAUUUAGUCAGCCACCAAUUGUGCAAGUUCUCCCACUUAAAAAGAUGAGAGAGGCCUGUAAUUUUCAUCAUAGGUACAUGUCAACUAUGACAGACAAAAUGAGAAAGAAUGGGGCCAUGUAUCGUGAGAUUUUGAGUGAAAACCUCCUUCCAUCAGCAAGGGCAUUGAAGAUGAAACGUGGCUGGGUCUUUCAGCAUGACAAUGAUCCCAAACACACCGCCCGGGCAACGAAGGAGUGGCUUCGUAAGAAGCAUUUCAAGGUCCUGGAGUGGCCUAGCCAGUCUCCAGAUGUCAACCCCAUAGAAAAUCUUUGGAGGGAGUUGAAAGUCUGUGUUGCCCAGCGACAGCCCCAAAACAUCACUGCUCUAGAGGAGAUCUGCAUGGAGGAAUGGGCCAAAAUACCAGCAACAGUGUGUGAAAACCUUGUGAAGACUUACAGAAAACGUUUGACCUGUGUCAUUGCCAACAAAGGGUAUAUAACAAAGUAUUGAGAAACUUUUGUUAUUGACCAAAUACUUAUUUUCCACCAUAAUUUGCAAAUAAAUUCAUUAAAAAUCCUACAAUGUGAUUUUCUGGAUUUUUUUUCCUCAAUUUGUCUGUCAUAGUUGACGUGUACCUAUGAUGAAAAUUACAGGCCUCUCUCAUCUUUUUAAGUGGGAGAACUUGCACAAUUGGUGGCUGACUAAAUACUUUUUUCCCCCCACUGUAUAUGCUACUGAAUGUAUUCUCUGCACGUCGCAGUUAUAGCGGCUAUUGCGCUUUCCUCCCGCAUGUUGUUGGAAGACCAACGCGAAAGUGAUAUGAAUAUUUGGGACACACAAGUGAUGCUCCAUGAUGAUCAUAGCUGGAUUUAACCUGAGCAUUUUUGCCCAGUAAACAAAUGACUUGCAUGAACAUGUGGUUUUGUUUGGGCAUCUUAGUUUGUUUGACAUUUGGCAAUAUGAAACCAACCAGACCAAAUGGAAAAAAAUACAAUGUAACAAAUAAUCAAACUCUGAUUCGAACUAUAGCUCAGAACUGUGUGAGAAAACGCCCUUAGUAGAUAGCAGGCUAGGAUACAUCUAUCCUCUGAAGAAUGAGUAAGCCAGUUUGUGUCCGUCUCUGGUGUUCUUUACUAUACUGAACAAAAAUAUAAACGCAACAUGUAAAGUGUUGGUUCCAUGUUUCAUGAGCUGAAAUAAAAGAUCCCAGAAAUGUUCCAUAUGCACAAAAAGCUUAUUUCUCUCAAAUUUUGUUCACAAAUUUGUUUACAUCCCUGUUAGUUAGCAUUUCUUCAUUACCAAGAUAAUCCAUCCACCUGACAGGUCUGGCAUAUCAAGAAGUUGAGUAUUUCUGUCUGUAAUAAUGCGAUUUUGUGGGGAAACACUCAUUCUGAUUUGCUGGGCCUGGCUCCCAAGUGGGAGGGCCUAUGCCCACCCAGGCACACCCAUGGCUGCGCCCCUGCCCAGUCAUGUGAAAUCUGUAGAUUAGGGACUCAUUUAUUUAUUUCAAUUGACUGAUUUCCUUCUAUGAACUGUAACUCAGCAAAAUCUUUGAAAUUGUUGCAUGCUGUGUUUAUAUUUUUGUUCAGAAUAGUGCAUGCUCUGACUAACAGUGGGCCCCACUUUUCUGAGCUCGUCAAUGGGUUGUAAUAACACAUUGGGUCAGGUCUAAGGCGCUGUGGUUGCAUGAGGUAACAACUAUGCUGUUGUUACAGUGAGGUCACACUUGAAGCUGACCCCAUGCCUUAGAAAUUAGGGAGAACAGAACAACUCUAGACUAGAGUUCAUUCCCUUGGCUUUGACAGUUGUAGACUCCGCAUUCCCCUCUUUUAAACCUAAACAUAUCUUCCCUUUCCUCAGUUUCCUGCAGCCAGCAACACAUUUGAUUUUGAGUGCGUUUCCUGCAGUUCUUGACACAGGAUGUCUGAAGAAUAUCAAAGCUGAAGACUAAUGUGUGGUCCGCUCUAUUCUGUCCCCACUAUCAGUAGAGCUCUCUUCUCUCAGAGCAGAUCUGAGAUCAUCUGUAAAAAGCAGCUUUGAAAUCCCAGCUGGCUGUGCUGCUUGCUCUGGCUCUCUGUCUUUCUGGCUGGAUAUCACCUUGUGACUGAGGAGAGGACACACCAUACAGGCCUGGGAGCCCACAGCCCAAGCCGCUUUAGAUAGAUUGGAUACAUACCUUUUUUAAUACAUCCUGAUAACGUAGUCACUGCCAGCAGAUGGUUCUCCAGAGAGCAGAGAGCACCUUAACGUGACCCUAGGAGUGUUUCACAGAUUAGAUUAUGGAAGGCGGCCAUGUCAGCCAAUAAAUACAUUUACAUUUUAGUAAUUUAGCAGACGCUCUUAUCCAGAGCGACUUACAGUUAGUGAAUACAUAUUUUUUUUUAUACUGGCCCCCUGUGGGAAUCGAACCCACAACCCUGGCGUUGCAAACGCCAUGCUCUAUCAACAUGCUCUAUACACGCGGUAUGCCGGCUAAAUGAACUGUGUGAUGUUUGAUUUAUUCACAGAUAUGGUGGGGAUAAUGCCCACCUGUAAUGAAAGCUAACAGAGGGCAAGAGAUUGCUGACUGAAUACAGGCUUUCUGUGAGCUAUUCAUUUUAGCACUGAGGAUUACCACCUGUUGCCACAGAGCAUUGAUCUUUGCCACAUCCACUCUUUUCCUCCCAGCUGUGGCCUACUUUCUCUCGGGGCGGGGUGUGCUUUGCCAGCCACACUUUGUGCGACUAGGAUCCUAACAAGGAAACCGCUACAUCGUCUCUGAACUGAACGGAGACUGAGCUAGUGCUCUGAUGUUAUGUCUGCUGAAAUCAUAGGUUCUUUAAACCUUAAUGAAAUCCCUGUAACAGUGUGUCUUUGUGCAUACUGGCAUUUGCAUGCCUCAGUGCUUUUGUUUGCUGUAAACUAGUGAGACUGCAAGUUACCUCACUGUCCAAAAACUAAGGCACAAAAGCCUCUUUCACUGGCAAAGGGUGAACAAGAGUGGAUGGCACUGGGAGCACUUUUUUAUUGAUAACUAAUGAAGGGUUAGCGUUCAAGACAUCAAGGCCUAGUCUGCUUGAUAUUUAUUGAAACUCAUAACCACAGUAGAGACUAAUAAAUAGACUAGUUCUCAGCAGAACAGACUUAUUUUAGAGAAUAACACCAGUUCUAUGAGUACAGAGACAGAAUAUGUGUCUGGCCCUUAAGUCCAUUGCUUGUUGUUGGAGUGUGGGGAAGUGGUGUACCUAGUUGUAAGCCCCCUGUGCUUGUGUUCCCACACUGCAGGUGUUCAGCACCUACUCUAACGAGGAUUACGACCGGCGCAACGAUGAGGUGGAUCCCGUGGCGGCGUCGGCUGAGUACGAGCUGGAGAAGAGGGUGGAGAAGAUGGACGUGUUCCCCGUGGAAAUUGAAAAGGGUCCGUCUUCUUGUCUGUCUUUAAUCUUUCCUUUAUUAGUACCAUUGAGUACCAUCGUCCCUUUGAGUACCAUUGAGAUUUUUUUUACAAGGCAGCCCUGGCCAAGAUGCAUCAUCAUCAUCAUCAUCAUCACAAGGGUCCAGAGAAUGCAGUCCCAUCCAUCCAUUCUAACUCCCCAUCUUUCUUUGCCCCACAGGAGACAACGGCCUGGGCAUCAGUAUCAUAGGGAUGGGAGUGGGAGCUGACCAGGGCCUGGAGAAACUAGGAAUCUUUGUGAAGACCAUAACUGAGCGGGGAGCAGCUGAACGGGAUGGCAGGUGAUGCCCAGCCCUUUGGGGUAACGUGCUGCGCUCCACUGUGCUUAACCGAAGCAUUAAAGUUUUAACCGUGUUUUAACCGUGGCAGUUAAAAUGUGUUGUAAGUUAUAGGCCCAUCACGAUGAUCCACAACACUGUCGGGAUGUCAAAGGGUUCACAAGGGUCAAGAGACAAAUUGUAUGUUGGAAAGAGGGCGUGCAAUCAACAGGGGAGGAUAUUUGAGAAAUGUACUGUAACUACGUUGUAGUGACUCUUUUCCACAACAUAAGGCCAGAUACCCUGGGAAACAGAAGGAGACAUUUCUAAACAACUGACUGUAUUUAUAACCCUGUGAGGCACCGAAAGAAAAUGGCUCCUUCUGUUUCCCAGGGUAUCUGGCCUUAUGUUGUGGAAAAGAGUCACUACAACGUAGUUACAGUACAUUUCUCAAAUAUCCUCCCCUGUUGAUUGCACGCCCUCUUUCCAACAUACAAUAUGUCUCAAAUGUCUUGCCUUAUGAUUGCAUGUUGUCCUUUCCACUAGGAUCCAGGUUAAUGACCAGAUAGUGGAGGUGGAUGGGAUCAGUCUGGUAGGAGUGACCCAGCUGUUUGCUGCUACAGUGCUGAAGAACACUAAAGGAACAGUCAGGUGAGCUCAGAGUCCAGCUCUAGUAGGCCCUUUGAAAUAAGUCGUAAUCAUCCUCGGUGUGGCUAGCCUCGCCCCCAGAGUUCUAGGUCAUCUGGGAACAUGAGAUUAAGGUGUGGCAGUAAUGGAGCCUCCCACAAAAUUACCUCAUAGCUAUCUUUAAGUGAUUAGGUAUGACUGGAAGAAAAUACAUUUCCUUGAAAAAUUGAGAAAUAUUGAAUAAAUUGGUUUGUUUUUAUUAUUGUCACACAAACAGCUUUCUGAUUGGCCGGGAGAAGCCGGGGACGCAGAGCGAGGUGGCGCGUCUGAUCAGCGAGACCCUGGAGCAGGAGAAGAGCGAGCAGGAGCAGCAGCACCUGGACGACCCCUAUGAACAGUCCACCGAGGAGGUGAGUCACCUGGCCCGACCCUGGUCCCUGGCCCGUUGGUUAACCCAAGCCAGUCACGCUCCAUCCGGGAAGGGAGCAGUGAGUAACCCUGGUGCUAUGUGGGUGGGGUGGCUGCUGGAGCCUGCUGGAAUUGUGCAAUGUUUGCUUUUCAAAAGCACAGGCAACCACAUGCCUUUAUUUAGAAAGGGAACUGGGCAUGAAAAGGUAGGGCACCUGGAAAAGAGACAAAGCUUAAACCUAUUGGAUCUGAUAAAAGGCGAUAUACAAUGAUUAUACAAAACAUUAAGAACACCUGCUCUUUCCAUGACAUAGACUGACCAGGUGAAAGCUAUGAUCCCUUAUUAUGUCACUUGUUAAAUCCACUUCAAUCAGUGUAGAUGAAGAGAUGAAACAGGUUAAAGAAGGAUUUUUAAGCCUUGAGACAAUUGAGACAUGGAUUGUGUAUGUGUGCCAUUCAGAGGGUGAAUGGGCAAGACAAAAGCUUUAAGUGCCUUUGAAUGGGGUUUGGUAGUAGGUGCCAGGCGCACCAGUUUGUUUUAAAAACUGCAACGCUACUGGGUUUUUCACGCUCAACAGUUUCCCGUGUGUAUCAAGAAUAUUCCACCACCCAAAGGACAUCCAGCCAACUUGACAUAACUGUGGGAAGCAUUGGAGUCAACAUGGGCCAGCAUCCCUGUGGAACACUUUCAACACCUUGUAGAGGCCAUGCCCAGACGAAUUGAGGCUGUUCUGAGGGCAAAAGGGGGGGUGCAACUCAAUAUUAGGAAGGUGUUCUUAAUGUUUUGUACACUCAGUGUACAUGUCCCAUUGUGGAGCAUAUCAUAUAGAUACAGUGCAUUGGGAAAGUAUUCAGACCCCUUGACUUUUUCCACAUUUUGUUACGUUACAGCCUUAUUCUAAAAUUGAUUAAAUAGUUUUUUCCCCCUCAUCAAUCUACACACAAUACCCCAUAAUGACAAAGAAAAAACAGGUUUUUAGACAUUUGUGCAAAUGUAUUUUUAAAAAAAUACAGAAAUAUCACAUUUACAUAAGUAUUCAGACCCUUUACUCAGUACAUUGUUGAAGCACCUUUGUAAGCUAUUACAGCCUUGAGUCUUUUUGGGUAUGACGCUACAAGCUUGGCACACCUGUAUUUUGGAAGUUUCUCCCAUUCUUCUCUGCAGAUCCUCUCAAGCUCUGUCGGGUUGGAUGGGAAGCGUCGCUUCACAGCUAUUUUCAGGUCUCUCCAGAGAUGUUCGAUCAGGUUCAAGUCCGGGCUCUGGCUGGGCCACUCAAGAAUAUUCAGAGACUUGUCCCGAAGCCACUCCUGCAUUGUCUUGUUCUGUGCAUAGGGUCGUUGUCCUGUUGGAAGGGGAACUUUCGCCUCAGUCUGAGAUCCAAAGCGCUCUGGGGCAGACUUUCAUCAAGGAUCUCUCUGUACAGUCCCGUGUAGCUCAGUUGGUAGAGCAUGGCGCUUGCAAUGCCAGGGUUGUGGGUUCGAUUCCCACGUGGGGCCAGUAUGAAAAUGUAUGCACUCACUAACUGUAAGUCACUCUGGAUAAGAGCGUCUGCUAAAUAACAAAACAAAUAUUUUAUAAUAAUACUUUGCUCCGUUAAUCUUUCCCUCGAUCCUGACCAGUCUCCUACCCCAUGUCGCUGAAAUCAUCCCCACAGCAUGGUGCUGCCACCACCAUGCUUCACCGUAGGGAUGGUGCCAGGUUUUCUCCAGACAUGACGCUUGGCAUUCAGGCCAAAGAGUUCAAUCUUGGUUUCAUCAGACCAGAGAAUCUUGUUUCUCAUGGUCUGAGUCCUUUAGGUGCCUUUUGGCACAUUCCAAGCGGGCUGUCAUGUGUCUUUUACUGAGGAGUGGCUUCCGUCUGGCCACUCUACCAUAAAGGCCUGAUUGGUGGAGCGCUGCAGAGAUGGUUGUCCAUCUGGAAGAUUCUCCCAUCUCCACAGAGGAACUCUGGAGCUCUGUCAGAGUGACCAUCGGGUUCUUGGUCACCUCCCUGACCAAGGCCCUUCUCCCCUGAUUUCCGGUUUGGCCGGGUGGCCAGCUCUAGGAAGAGUCUUGGUGGUUCCAAACUUCUUCCAUUUAAGAAUGAUGGAGGCCACUGUGUUCUUGGGGACCUUCAAUGCUGCAGACAUUUUUUGGUACCCUUCCCCAGAUCUGUGCCUCGGCACAAUCCUGUCUUGGUUUUUGCUCUGACAUGCACUGUGAACUGUAGGACCUUAAAUAGACAGGUGUGUGCCUUUCCAAAUCAUGUCCAAUCAAUUGGAUUUACCACAGGUGGACUCCAAUCAAGUUGUAGAAACAUCCCAAGGAUGAUCAAUGGAAACAGGAUGCGCCUGAGCUCAAUUUCGAGUCUCAUAGCAAAGGGUCUGAAUACUUAUGUAAAUAAGGUAUUUCUGUUUUUUAUUUUGAAUACAUUUGCAAACAUUUCUAAAAAUCUGUUUUCGCUUUGUCCUUAUGGGGUAUUGUGUGUAGAUUGAUGAGGAAAACAAUUAAUUAAUUUAAUCCAUUUUGGAAUAAGGCUGUAACGUAACAAAAUGUGGAAAAAGUCAAGGGGUCUGAAUACUUUCGAAGGCACUUUGAAUGCCGUGCUACUCCUGUUCAAGGAGCUGUUGGUCGUGGUGAACAAAUUUGGUCAUUUCUAUGUGUGUAUGCAAAUAAUCUGUGCAGUAGUGUGUGGUUGUGUGAUGGGGCUUUGUGUGUUAUCUUUUUCUGUGCGGUGGCUCAUGUUUGGGGUUGUGUGUGUGUGUGUGUGUGUGUGAUGGAACAUGUUGAUGAGCAGAAUAUAUGAAUUUCCUGCUGAUACAGGCCUCCUGUUGGGCUCUCUGCAGGCUACCACGGUAACACUGGGAUAUGAUGUAGUGAUUACCCAUACCUCCCCCCUGGGCUCCGAGCCGAGCUGCUGGGCGCCACGUGGGCAGGUGAUUGGCUGCGUGAUGUCAUUGUGUGGUUGUGGUUGGUUGUGUUUCAGGAGGAGCACUACGAGGAAGAGGAUGGAGAGGAGGGAGGCAUCCUAGAGUCUAGUUUCUCCGGCGGAAGGACUGUGGAGGUGUCUGACCUGCCGGAGACCGAGGCCAUGUUCAAGCCCUCCAACGUGGACUCCACACAGAUGGGCUUGAAAUUCAAGGAGGUAUUUCAAAUGCUAGAAUUAUCACAAGUUUACAGUAUGGUGGAUGUGUAAUUAUUUGUGUGAUAUGUGCUUGUUUUUGUUACUUAAAUUGUUUAUUUCUUUACCCUAGCUCCAGCUGAAACAAAGCAUAGCAACAGCUGAAAUAAACCAACUGAAGGAAAAGGUAUGAUCAAUGCUUGUAGUGUAAGCUGUCGCCAGCCCGGUGACCAACCAUAAAUGUCAUCAGUCAUGCUCUCUGUCUCUGCCUGUCUGUCAUCUGACUGACCGAAAUUAUUUGAAUAUGUUGAUUUUACUAGUAGAUGAGAAGCCCUUACAUUUAGGUACUAAAAAUACAUUUCACUCUUCCUCUACAGCUAAGGGCGUCCGAGGAGGACAACGCAUCCAGGGAGCCCAUGGAGGUUGAGUUGGAGCAGAAGAUUGAGGAGAAUAAUGAGAAGAUGUUGAAGCUGGAGAAGGACUGGCUGGAGGCCCAGGAUCUGUGUAAAACUGUCAACAAGCAACUGUCGGAGACCCAGAGCCAGUACGAGGCCCUGGACAAGAAAUACAACAAGGCCAAAAAACUGCUCAAGGACUACCAGCAGAAGUGAGUUGAGUUCACUAAGGGCCAGGUUAGACGUGCAUUAUUGCAUUAUUUAGAAGUCUCGACUUCAGCUGAGUGAGUUUCUGUGUUGACCUGAGCUUCCCAUGCUCUGAACAGGCGGAAGGCCUUCCACUACGCUGAGUCAUGUUGUGUAGAAAGUACAAUAUGUUUAUAUGUCGAUGGAAUGAUUUAUGAAGUCUAAUGGUCUGAUUCCUUUCCAGGGAGAUUGACUUUGUGAAGAAGGAGGAGGAGAUGAAGAAAGUUCUAGACGAGAAGGAUCGAUGGUACAAGGAGCAGCUUGAAAGCCUGCAGGACAGGGUAAGAGGAACAUAUUGGAAGAAAGACACUUCAACAUUAGAACAGACCUAGUGGAGAAGAAGUUGACUGUCCAUUCUGUGGUUCUCUCCUCAGAUAGCGGUCCUGGAGGGCAGCGGUCCGCCUGCUGACCGUGAAGAGACCCAGUCGGGUCAGGACUCUGCUGUGGAGAGGAGAUGGAGCAGCCAGGGGAGUGAAGGCCCUGUCACCAACACACAGUCAGUGGACUCUCUAACGCUAGGUAGGGCUCAAUGUACACUUGACGAACAGGCUAGGAGCCACCCAUCAUUUACUACCAUUGGAAAGCGUGACUGUCUCUGAACACGAGUAUGUCUGAGAAUAGUGUACAGUGUAUGCCUUAUGUUGUGUUUACUGAGCUCUGAGCUGUGUUUUGUCUCUCAUCCACAGAUACAGACUGGAGCGAGCUGGUCCCUGAGACUGAGCGCUUGGACACCAGUGCACACAAAGCCAAGGGCCUACUGGCCCCAAGGAGGAAUCGUCCGUCUCGCAAUAAACUGAAGGAGAACCUUGGCAUGUCCCCUUGCCACUCACAGGUCAGCUCGGAAAGUUCUCUCAGUCAUUUUGAAAACAAUUUCAGGGUCAAUAGUACUAGCUAAUUCAAAGAUGUAUUCUUCCGCAUCUCCUUCUAUGGAUGCAUGUUCAAUACCAAUAUUCACAUGUAUCAGGUCUAUCUCCACUGUUUGUCUGCUCACAUCACUGCUGACUGUUUUUCCCUCCAGGAGAACGAGGAGGAGGACUCUACCAGGAGGAAGAGGUGCAUCCAGGAGAGCCUGUCCCUGCCCGUGCCCAUGUGCUAUCCUAGGACCGGCCAGAGGGACGACACCCCCGAGGCUGGGGAGAGAUCCAGGAGCAAGGUGAAGCUCUCCAGCAGCCCCUCCCUGCCCCCGUCCCAGAGAGAUAGUGUCGAAAGCGGGGGCAGUCCUUCCCUGUCCCCACCCAAAGACACCUCUUUGCCCUCACCACACUCCCCCUCAGGGUUCCUUCGCAACGUCAAGAAGAGGGAGUCCAAGGGGAAGGGCAAGGAGCUCAAAGGUACUGCCCCUCAUCAACAGAUGAAUCUGCUACCCACAAUAUGCUCUUUACACAGCACAUUUACAAAACCUGUUGUUGCUGCUACCUCCACUGACUGUCACCAUAUUGAUAUGCCUCUUACUGGCUCUCUGCUUGUGGCAGUUCAUUUCGUUGUCAAAAAUGUAACUCUGUUACAGAUGAAACAAAUGAGAGUUCUUCAGUAGGAAAACCCAAAAAGACGAUUUUUGGGUAAGUGCCUGAGAUAAUAAUUAAUUUUCAGUUUGACAGUCCUGUUAGUCCUGCACCAUCUAAAGCUUUUGAAAACCAACAGUGGCCUCCGGAAGUCUGGUGGCAAAGGGAAGAAACAUGACAAGGAGGCGAUGCGAGCAUCUCUGGACAGCAGGUAUGUCACAUGUCAUGUUACCAGGCCUACUGUUUCACCACAUUCUAGAUAUGUCAUCACCGUACACUCACAGCUCUGCUAUCAGAGGACCUUUGUGCUAUUAAAGGGACAAUAUGUAACUUGGAGACUUUGCUUAUUUUUCUUCAUUUUCCUAAUGCCCAGGGGUUCUGCCGAGCUCCUGGAGGAAUCUGGGGGAAACCUGUCCCCUUCUGAGUCCAUGACCUCUAUACCCACCUGUAUGCCCUUCUCCUGGUUUGGGGACAGAGACAGGGACAAGGAGCCUUCGUCCACCAGCAGCAGUCUACCAUACGCAGCCACUGAGACCAGCAGUGAGCAGAGCCAGGACCGCAAGAACAAGGUGAGUGUACACACACACACACACACACAGUGCCAUCAAAAGAUAAUCUAGACAUCUUUAUCCAAGAGGUAGAGAUGUUCAGUAACGUCAGAAUCACCAGUAGCAAACGGAAGCAGAACACAUAAAGGAAUUAUUGCAUUAGGCCAUUUUACUGGUAUGCCGAAUAUAGCCGGGACUCUAAUUACAUUUCAUUUGCUACUACUAAGUGGAAUGAAAGCAGUCCUGUGUCACUGAACUGACCUCUCUGUCAUUUCUGGACUGUUUCAUGGUGAGUUGGCCAGUAAUAAGCCAGUGAUUCAUUGGUCAGUAAUCCACUGUUUAAAGCAUGUUUUUGCUCUGCGUGGAAAUACCAAAUCCAGUCAAGAAAUGUGUAGCAGCCGGCCGGUAUCGUUUUUCCCAGAGUGUGACGAUGAUGUUGCUGUGGAGUGGCUGGUCUGUCUCCUAUAGCUCCUCCCAUUCAGGAAGAGAACAGAACAGGGUUGCGCUGCUGCUGCUGCUGCCUGUGGAACCAUAUGGAGGCCGUGUGUUUGUGUCCCAAAUGGCACCCUAUUCCUCUAUGGGCCCUGGUCAAAAGUAGUGCACUAUAUAGGGAACAGGGUGCCAUUUGAGAUGCAGCCCCGUCAUUAAUCUGAGAGCGAGAAAAGGAGGAGGAGGAUUCACUGGCAUUUCAAUGGCUUAGCAACCAGAGAAUUAUCCCCAUUAAAUGCAUCUGCACAAAUAGGCCUGAGUAAUUCACAACCAGGCUGCCCGGUGAGUAGAUGGAGGCCAACAGCACCAGGGCUGUGGGGAGUGGGCGGUGUGUGCCACAAACAGGGCCUCCCCUGGUUCCGCUGGCUGGAAUUCUACUACUCUGUGUGAUCCGGUGCCAGCUGGAGCUGGGUGUCAACCACAGUGUACAGUCGUGGUCAAAAGUUUUGCGAAUGACACAAGUAUUGGUCUUCACAAAGUUUGCUGCUUCAGUGUUUUUAGAUAUUUUUGUCAGAUGUUACUAUGGUAUACUGAAGUAUAAUUACAAGUGUCAAAGGCUUUUAUUGACAAUUACAUUAAGUUUAUGCAAAGAGUCAAUAUUUGAGAGUGAGUGAGCCCACUCCCUUGGCUGAGAAGCAACCCCACACAUGAAUGGUCUCAGGAUGCUUUACUGUUGGCAUGACACAGGACUGAUGGUAGCGCUCACCUUGUCUUCUCCGGUCUAGCUUUUUUCCGGAUGCCCCAAACAAUCGGAAAGGGGAUUCAUCAGAUAAAAUGACUUUACCCCAGUCCUCAGCAGUCCAAUCCCUGUACCUUUUGCAGAAUAUCAGUCUGUCCCUGAUGUUUUUCCUGGAGAGAAGUGGCUUCCUCGCUCCCGUUCUUGACACCAAGCCAUCCUCCAAAAGUCUUCGCCUCACUGUGCGUGCAGAUGCACUCACACCUGCCUGCUGCCAUUCCUGACCAAGUUCUGCACUGGUGGUGCCCCGAUCCCGCAGCUGAAUCAACUUUAGGAGACGGUCCUGGCGCUUGCUGGACUUUCUUGGGCACCCUGAAGCCUUUUUCACAACAAUUGAACCUCUCUCCUUCAAGUUAUUGAUGAUCCGAUAAAUGGUUGAUUUAGGUGCAAUCUUACUAGCAGCAAUAUCCAAGCCUGUGAAGCCCUUUUUGUGCAAAGCAAUGAUGACGGCAUGUGUUUCCUUGCAGGUAACCAUGGUUAAUAGAGGAAGAACAAUGAUUUCAAGCACUACCCUCCUUUUAAAGCUUCCAGUCUGUUACUCUUAACUCAAUCAGCAUGACAGAGUGAUCUCCAGCCUUGUCCUCGCCAACACUCUCACCUGUGUUAACAAGAGAAUCACUGACAUGAUGUCAUCUGGUCCUUUUGUGGCAGGGCUGAAAUGCAGUGGAAAUGUUUUUGGGUGAUUAAGUUCAUUUUCAUGGCAAAGAGGGACUUUGCAAUUAAUUGCAAUUCAUCUUAUCACUCUUCAUAACAUUCUGGAGUAUAUGCAAAUUGCCAUCAUAAAAACUGAGGCAGCAGACUUUGUGAAAAUUAAUAUUUGUGUCAUUCUCAAAACUUUUGACCACGACUGUACAGUAUGGAGAACGACUUGACAAGCUCUCUAACCGUCCUUCUUUCAAACAGACAAAUCUCUCCUGGUCCUCUUUAUUCAGUCGCUCGUUAGAUUUGGUACAGUAUGAUUUCCUUUUUACACCCCCAAUCUUAGAGGAGCUGGUAGAUUAGAACUAACCAGUCAUCUAGUGUAGUGUUGUGAUAGUUAAUUUCACAUCUAGAUCAUACUAAAUCCCUAACAUUGAUUUGUGUUGUUGUAGUGGAAUUGGGUUUGUGGUAGUGUGUCAAGCAUUCAGAAAGUAUUCACACCCCUUAACGUUUUCCACAUUUUGUUGUGUUACAGCCUGAAUUUAAAAUGGAUGAAUUAAAGAUUGUUGUGUUACUGCCCUAUACACAAUACCCCAUAAUAUCAAAGUGGAAUUAUGUUUUUUGACAUUUUUACAAAUGAUUUAUAAAUGAAAAGCUGAAAUAUCUUGAGUCAAUAAGUAUUCAACCCCUUUGUUAUGGAAAGCCUAAAUAAGUUCAGGAGUAAAAAUGUGCUUAACAAGUCACAUAAUAAAUUGCAUGGACUCCAUAUGUGUGCAAUAAUAGUGUUUAACAUGAUUUUUGAAUGACUACCUCAUCUCUAUACCCCACACAUACAAUUAUCUCUAAGGUACUUCAGUCGAACAGUGAAUUUCAAACACAGAUUCAACCAUGAGGCCAAUGGUGACUUUAAAACAGUUACAGAGUUUAAUGACUGUGAUAGGAGAAAACUGAGGAUGGAUCAAAUACAUUGUAGGUACUCCACAAUACUAACCUAAUUGACAGAGUGAAAAGGAGGAAGCUUGUACAGAAUACAAAUAUUCAAAAAUAUGCAUCCUGUUUGCAACAGGGCACUAAAGUAAUACUGCAAAACAUGUGGCAAAGAGCAAAUCACUUUUUGUCCUGAAUACAAAGUGUUAUGUUUGGGGUAAAUCCAAUACAACACAUAUUUUUUUAUUUUUUUUAUUUUACCUUUAUUUAACUAGGCAAGUCAGUUAAGAACAAAUUCUUAUUUACAAAUUCUUAUUCACGGUCGGUUGUGAUACAGCCUGGAAUCGAACAAGGGGGUCUGUAGUGACGCCUCAAGCACUGAAAUGCAGUGCCUUAGACCACUGCGCCACUCGGGAGCCCGAGUACUGAGUACCACUCUCCAUAUUUUCAAGCAUAAUGGUGGCUGCAUCAUGUUAUGGGUAUGCUUGUAAUCGUUAAGGACUGGGGAGUUUUUCAGGAUAAAAAUAAAUGGAAUGGAGCUAAGCAUAGGCAAAAUCGUAGAGGAAAUCUGGUUCAGUCUGCUUUCCACCAGACACUGGGAAAUGAAUUCAUCUUUCAGCAGGACAAUAACCUAAAACGCAAGGCCAAAUCUACACUGGAGUUGCUUACCAAGAAGACCAUGAACGUUCCUGAGUGGCCGAGUUAAGUAGAUAUUUUUCUACUAGAAAAUCUAUGGCAAGACCUGAAAAUGGUUGUCUAUCAAUGAUCAACAACCAAUUUGACAGAGCUUGAAGAAUUAUGAAAAGAAUAAUGGGCAAAUGUUGCACAAUCCAGGUGUGGAAAGCUCUUAAGAGACUUACCCAGAAAGACUCACAGUUGUAAUCGCUGCCAAAGAUGCUUCUACAAAGUAUUGACUCAGGGUGUGAAUACUUAUGUAAAUUAGAUAUUUCUGUAUUUCAUUUUCAACAAAUUUGCAAAUAUUUCUAAAAACAUGUUUUAUGGGGUAUUGUCUGUAGAUGAGUGAGAGAGAAAAAAACAAUUUAAUCCAUUUUGAAUUCAGGCUGUGACAACAAAAGGAAUACUUUCUGAAGGCACUGUAAAUCGAACAUUUCACAUUUAUGCUUCCACGCCAUACCUUUCAUAUCACACAUGAUAUGAUUAAUAUUAUCAGUCGGAAUUAAUCACAAAUGAUUGAAAAACAUAGUCUUGAUACAGUACCACAUAGUUUUUUGAGUGGCGUUUUAGUGCUGUACCAGUAGAAAUAGUUGUUUGUGUGUGUCAUAAUUGUCGUAGUAGAAGUAGCUUUUGUCAUGCUAGUAAUUGUCGAGUUAUGUUUGUCGUGAACUCAACUGAUAAUCCAGUUGGAUUUAUGAAUGUGUAAUCAAAGACCUGAUAUCUUCUUCUACCCCUCUGUUAUGAUGAUAAUGUAUUUACACAGUAUUCCCAGUGUUGAUAUCACCAUAGAGCAAAUCAUGUCAAUGAUAAUCCCUAUUUAAUUCUCAACCUCAAUUUCCACAUUUACACUGUUACCACUGCUGAUCCCUUUUCUCCCUAGAGCUUUAGUCCCCAGAACUGUCGUUUACCCACCCAUGUGUUUGUCUAGUUAAUGCGUUCCUCCUUGUUUCCUCCUUGUUCCACUGUUCCAGAGUUUGUCAGUCAUAGAUGAUUCAAACCUUGGCAGUCCCAGUUCAGACAUCUCAGGCUUAGUUGCAGAGCCCAUUCUGUCUGGGCGCUCACAUACUUUAAUCUUCUCGUCCAGUGAGGUGAGUGCUCUCUCUCUUUGUUCCACAAAACCCUGUGUGGGAUGGUGCUGCUCAGAUGUCUCUGAAAGGGGACAGUAUCAAGCAUGCUCUUUGAGUUUACCCCCCUUGUGGCUGUGGUGAUGGAAUCGUGAAUGACCACCGGAGAAUGAAGUUGCAUGUGUGUGCUGAAGUUUGUCUGUGUGGUGUUAAAACAAGCUUGGGGUCCUUGUUGUGCUACUACCAGCUGAACUAGCAGUAGAGGCUACUCCAGUUGUCUUCUGUUUUUCUCAUAGACCAUAGAACAGGGAUCAUCAACUAGAUACAGCCGCGAGCCUAUUUUGUUCUUGAGCGGAUGGUCGGUGGGGCGGAACAUAAUUACAAAUCAUUUGUAGACUGAAAAUUGGCUGCAAGAAGCCCAAACAGAUAUAAUAUUUGACUAAAGCAUAAUCAUUUCAAACCUUGUUUACAUUUGUACAGUGGGGGAAAAAAGUAUUUAGUCAGCCACCAAUUGUGCAAGUUCUCCCACUUAAAAAGAUGAGAGAGGCCUGUAAUUUUCAUCAUAGGUACACGUCAACUAUGACAGACAAAUUGAGAAAAAUAAAUCCAGAAAAUCACAUUGUAGGAUUUGUAAUGAAUUUAUUUGCAAAUUAUGGUGGAAAAUAAGUAUUUGGUCACCUACAAACAAGCAAGAUUUCUGGUUCUCACAGACCUGUAACUUCUUCUUUAAGAGGCUCCUCUGUCCUCCACUCGUUACCUGUAUUAAUGGCACCUGUUUGAACUUGUUAUCAGUAUAAAAGAUACCUGUCCACAACCUCAAACAGUCACACUCCAAACUCCACUAUGGCCAAGACCAAAGAGCUGUCAAAGGACACCAGAAACAAAAUUGUAGACCUGCACCAGGCUGGGAAGACUGAAUCUGCAGUAGGUAAGCAGCUUGGUUUGAAGAAAUCAACUGUGGGAGCAAUUAUUAGGAAAUGGAAGACAUACAAGACCACUGAUAAUCUCCCUCGAUCUGGGGCUCCACGCAAGAUCUCACCCCGUGGGGUCAAAAUGAUCACAAGAACGGUGAGCAAAAAUCCCAGAACCACACGGAGGGACCUAGUGAAUGACCUGCAGAGAGCUGGGACCAAAGUAACAAAGCCUACCAUCAGUAACACACUACGCCGCAAGGGACUCAUGUCCAGGCCCGUCUGAAGUUUGCUAGAGUGCAUUUGGAUGAUCCAGAAGAGGAUUGGGAGAAUGUCAUAUGGUCAGAUGAAACCAAAAUAGAACUUUUUGGUAAAAACUCAACUCGUCGUGUUUGGAGGACAACGAAUGCUGUGUUGCAUCCAAAGAACACCAUACCUACUGUGAAGCAUGGGCGUGGAAACAUCAUGCUUUGGGGCUGUUUUUCUGCAAAGGGACGAGGACGACUGAUCCGUGUAAAGGAAAGAAUGAAUGGGGCCAUGUAUCGUGAGAUUUUGAGUGAAAACCUCCUUCCAUCAGCAAGGGCAUUGAAGAUUAAACGUGGCUGGGUCUUUCAGCAUGACAAUGAUCCCAAACACACCGCCCGGGCAACGAAGGAGUGGCUUCGUAAGAAGCAUUUCAAGGUCCUGGAGUGGCCUAGCCAGUCUCCAGAUCUCAACCCCAUAGAAAAUCUUUGGAGGGAGUUGAAAGUAUGUGUUGCCCAGCGACAGCCCCAAAACAUCACUGCUCUAGAGGAGAUCUGCAUGGAGGAAUGGGCCAAAAUACCAGCAACAGUGUGUGAAAACCUUGUGAAGACUUACAGAAAACGUUUGACCUGUGUCAUUGCCAACAAAGGGUAUAUAACAAAGUAUUGAGAAACUUUUGUUAUUGACCAAAUACUUAUUUUCCAUCAUAAUUUGCAAAUAAAUUCAUUAAAAAUCCUACAAUGUGAUUUUCAGGGGGAGAAAUUAUCAUUUUGUCUGUCAUAGUUGACGUGUACCUAUGAUGAAAAUUACAGGCCUCUCUCAUCUUUUUAAGUGGGAGAACUUGCACAAUUGGUGGCUGACUAAAUACUGUUUUUCCCCACUGUAUAUGGUCACGUGUCUUUCUAUUAUGCGUGGAAAUACUUGGGAACAGAUUUCCCAAAUAAAAAUCACUUUGAGCUGAUUUCCUGGUGUUUUUACUGUUUUUUAUGUCCAACAAUGAAAAUAAAAUAAAAUAUUACAAAAAUACUUGGGGGGCCAAAUAAAACCACACCGCGGGCCGUCUGCCAGUUGGGGAGCCCUGCCAUAGAAUGAUCUGUGCCGCUCCUGUGUCUGUUUAGUGGAACUUGUCUUACAUUCCUUAUCAUAUGGUGUUGGAUUGUGUGUAUAAUUGUGUUUUAUGACUGUAUUGCUUAUCUUGUUGGUGUUUCAGUUGAUAAGUGAUUUAUUUUAUUCUGAUAAAUGUUAGACCAAUGCCCUGCUUACUAUACUCAAACAAGCAGAGGUAUGCCAGGUAGAACAAAACGGACAUGCUCCCUCUGCAUGUUCUGGCCUGUUCCACUUAUCAGCGUUGUGACAAACUCUGAAUGGACCAGUGGACACAGCCUUUUUAUGUGAUUUCAGUCACUGGAUGUGCAAUGCAUGUACCAAAUGCUUUGCACCGUGCCAUGUUUUGAUAUUGUGCUUAAACGUUCAUUUGCUAUUUAAUCCAUUAUACUGUGCUCUAGGUGACUUGUUUCGUUAGUUUUUUUGGGAUGUCAUGUGUUUCUUGGUGUUCCGUAGACCCUGGAUGAUGAGCCAGUGCCCACAGGGAAGGAAUAUCAAUGGCAGAACCGCCCUGUCCUUGAGUGGAACAAUCAGCAAGUCUGUCACUGGUUGAUGGGCAUGAACAUGGACCAAUACACGCCUGAGUUCACCGCCAAGGGUGUGGAUGGCCAUCAGCUCAUGCUCCUGGACAGUGACAAGUUGAAGGUACGAGGGCAUCACAAGCAACAAGACCAAAGUUCAGAACUCAUAUGUUGGCCACACAGAGUUUCAGGCAGAAUGAAGAAUGUACAAUUGAAAUGAUUUUCAUAUCAUCUAAACGCAAGCUCUUCCAUUUGCCACAAGUCAGGUUUAUAAGGUAUAGACUGCCACCUUAUGGCCAAAAAUGACACAAUAAAUGAGAGGAUAUUGUCAGAAGUGUAUAUACAUUUCAGAGAGGUGUGCUCUAGAAUGUGACCAGUGAUGUUUGUCCCUUCAGGCCCUGGGUGUGUCCAGCCAGAGUGACCGGGCCACCAUCAAGAAGAAGCUGAAGGACAUGAGGAAGUCCCAGGAGAAGCUGGAGAAACAGAAGGAGAAAAGGGAAAAGGAGGCACGACGCAGCGGGAGACUGCCUCCCAACACUGACUCUGUCUGCUGA